CCCCAAAAGAAAUCCAAAACCAAAGGUUCAUGAGCUCAUGAAAGUGAUCGGGCGUGGCUUCCAUCUGAUAGUGAGAGCAGCCGCGGAAUCGAAGAAGUAAUUUUAUGACCCGCCUCUUCAUCUUCACCUCAAGCUCCCAAUCUUCUUUUUCUCUUUGAUCUUGAUCGACCACGGUUCGACCAUCUUGGUUCUGUUAGAAUCAUAGCUUCCUGAGCUUCAGCAUCGCCCUGAAUUCAAACUUGAAGAGCCCUGACUUGACUCUGUGAUCAGAUGAGUGCAGGUGGGGCAUUUGGUGGCAACAGGGGAGCAAGACCUGUACCUCCAGAAAAAGGAGUAUUCCCUUUGGAUCAUUUGCAUGAAUGCGACUUGGAGAAGAAAGAAUAUAUUUCCUGCUUGAAAUCUUCUGGCCAUCAGUCAGACAGAUGUAGGCAGUUUUCAAAGAAAUAUUUAGAAUGCCGUAUGGAAAGAAACUUGAUGGCAAAGCAAGACAUGUCGGAGCUUGGUUUUCGUGAAGUGAAGGAAACUCAUUCUUCUGAAGAGAGAAACAGGAAAGAUGACAACCAAACAAAUCCUUCAUCCGGGAACAAGACAAUACUACCUUGAUUUUUUAAACUUGCAAACCUUUGUGGCGAUUAAUGUUGCCUUUCAAAGGCCUUUUGCAGAGAUGAAUCUUUAUACACAACAAAUUGAAUUCUUGAAAUCUCUUGAAUUUUGUAAUAGGAUCCACCCUGCACUCUGAGUUUUCAGUGCUUAAUCUUUGAAUAAAUUUCAGAAGUCUAUGGAAAUUUUUAUCUGUUUCUCCUGGAGUUGAUAUAUGUAUAUAUUUGCGUCUUCGAUGUAAUGUAAUGGUAAUAAGUUUGAUGAAACUUAUGUAGAAUAAUUAUCAUUUUCA